AUGUCUUCCUAUAAAUUCUUGUCACUGGCUACCAAGCCAUCGGCCCAGCUAUGUUACAGCUUCCACCCCGCGGUGCGCACUGAAAAGCCGGCUCUGGUUGUGUUCGUCAAUGGUCUGGGGCUGCCACAAACCUCGUGGGAAGGAGUAAUCUCACGCUUGCAAGCCCAGCCUCCCGCUGCCGGUCUGCCCGCCAUGAUGACCUAUGAUCGGUAUGGUCAGGGUCAAACCACAGACCGCGAUCCUGACGAUGUGAAAGCUGAGGAUCCCAUGCAUGGUCACGACACAUUGACCGUUGUCCGGGACUUGCAUCAACUGAUCACGCAAAUCGCAUCGGAGAAGUUGGGUAUCUCUGAUCUCAGUCGCCUCCCCCUGGUGCUGGUUUCGAACUCGAUUGGUGGUGCACUAGUACGGCUCUACGCGCAAGAAUACCCCGGCACAGUGGCCGGCCUUCUGUUCCUGGACAGUGUGCUCGCUAAUUCCGAUUUUGUCUCCAUCUACCCGGAUCCUGAUUCACCUGGCUUCGACGAGACCAGCUUGCCACACGGUGUGUCAGUGGAAGCCAUCCGUGAUGCCCGGGCAUACAUGCAACGGGUCUUCCACCCCAGUAAUGGCAGUGGCGAGGGCCUCAGUCGGAGGAAUCUAGCAGAACUCCUCCCAAAGAGCGAUGGUCCCAAAUUGCAGGGUCCCGAUGGUCAAGGUCCCUGGGUGACGGUUAUCGGUCACGAGUUCGAGACGUUCAAGGUCGAGUUUGAGAAGAUGGGCGGUGCACCACCGAGGCUGACGGAAGUGUAUAUGAACCCCUACUGGCACCGCUUCAAUGAAGGGUUGGCCAAGCUCACUGAAUCGGAGCGGAGUAAGGGCCCGUUCCAGGCUCCGGGAGCCGGCCACUUUGUGCAGCGGGAUAACCCGGAGCUCGUGGCGAACGAGCUUCGUGAGAUGCUUGAUAAGGCUAUCUGA